AUGUCAAUUCCUCGCUUGGAACUACAAGCAGCUAUAUUGGGUGUCCGCUUAAAAUCUUCUAUCUUAGCUGGCCAUAGCAGGAAUGCGGACCAAGUAUAUUACUGGAGUGAUUCAAAAACAGUUAUUAGAUGGAUCAAUUCCAGCAGUUGCCGUUUUAAGCAAUUUGUAGAACAUAGGAUCUCAGAAAUAUUAGAAGAAAGUGAACAGACACAAUGGAACUGGCUACCCACAACUGAAAAUAUCGCUGAUGAAGCGACGCGUGCUCGGUUUCCAGUAAAUUUGGAAUCCAGUUCAAGGUGGUUUCUUGGCCCAAACUUCUUAUAUUUAGAUACAAAUAAUUGGCCUCGGGAAAAAGUCGAUGUGAGUGAUGUCGAAAUAGAAGAAGCGUUGGAAAUCAGAGCACCAUUAUUCCAUGCCACCGUAAUCAGCAAACUAAUUGACAUUCACAGAUUUUCAAACUUUUCUAGGCUUAAGAGAACCGUAGCUUGGGUUUUUCGAUUUAUUUCAAACUGUAAGCGAAUUUCUUCAAUGCAUCAUAAAAGUGGCGAACUAACACCUCAGGAAGAAUCAGCAGCGGAAAUAUACUUGUCAGCAGAGGUACAAAAGGACGCCUAUCGAGACGAAUACAAGUGUUUAAAGUCACAGACAUGUAUAUCGAAAACAAGUUCACUACUCUCACUGAAUCCUAUAUACGAUAGUCGGAAUGAUCUCAUAAGAGCUGACGGAAGAAUUUCUACCGCUUCAUUUUUGCCAGCUGCUGCCCAACGUCCAAUUAUUCUACCAAAAACACAUUAUUUCACAGAGCUUCUUGUUGCAUACUAUCAUCGAAAGUUUCAUCAUCAAAACCAAGACUUGAUAACAUGUGAAAUACGUCGUAAGUUUUGGAUACCAUCUUUAAAAGUACUUGUACGAAAAACAAAAUCAAACUGCCGAACAUGUAAAAUCAUAAAUGCCACGCCACGCCAGCCCCUUAUGGCUCCUUUGCCUAGGGAUCGAACAACACCGUAUGUAAGCCCAUUUAGUUACACAGGGGUUGAUUUAUUCGGCCCCGUUCAUAUUAAGAACCGUAGAAACCAAGAAAAAAGAUGGGUUUCGGUAUUUACCUGUAUAACUACUCGAGCGAUACAUCUAGAAAUAUGUCAUGAUCAAUCUACGGACGCAUUUCUCAUGAGCUUAAGGAAUUUUAUGAAUAGACGAGGAGUUCCCGUUCGAAUAAGGAGUGAUUGUGGAUCAAAUUUUCUAGGAAUCGACAAAGAGCUUAGAAAUGUUCCCGAUUUUCUUGACCAUGAAGCUAUGAAAUCUUCCUUGACUCCACUAGGCAUCGAAUGGAUAUUCAAUAGUCCAAAAUAUCCGAAUGCAGGUGGCUGUUGGGAAAGACUAAUUGGAAUUGUCAAAAGAGUAUUAAGGGUUGUAUUAACAGAACAAACACCGAAGUUAGAAACCUUACAAAGCGUCUUGUGUGAAGCAGAAAACAUCGUAAACAGCAGGCCUUUAACUGAUAUUCCUGUAUCUAUAGAUGAACCGGAACCAAUAACACCAAAUCAUUUUUUAAUGGGAAAGCCGAAUUCCAGUCAAACACCUGGACCUUAUAACUGGAAGCACAUUAACAUGAGAAAACAAUGGCGCAUCGUACAACAACUUAAAAAUAUGUUUUGGAAGCAAUGGGUUCGGCAAUAUUUACCGGAUCUUACUAGACGAGCUAAGUGGUGUCAACGAUCGGAACCAAUCAAAAUAAACGAUCUCGUUUUUGUAUGUGAAAUUGAUUCUCCAAGGUCACAAUGGUUAAGAGGCAAGGUAACAGAAACUUAUCAAGGCAAAGAUGGCGUAAUUAGAACAGUUGAAGUCACCACGGCAAACAAAACCAAAUUUCGUCGCCCGGUUUCCCGGUUGGCAGUUUUGGACGUCGAGCAACAUUGUAGUGAAUCCAAAUAA